AUGUCGCCUACAAACACAAAGAAAUAUGUCGCGGAUGCGGUGUUAUUUGCGAUCUCUCAAGUGGCACUUUACUUUGCUGUCAAAUUCAUUAUUGGCUCUCUUGAUCCCAUGAAGGAUAAAAAGAAAGAGGCAAAGGCCAAAAGCAAUGAGGUUUUAGGGAAACUAGGGAUCAAAGCCAUGAAAUUAAAUGAAUAUGAAGAAAUUAUUUUAUCAGAAGUAAUAUUUGCCGAUGACAUCUCGGUGAAUUUCAAACAAAUUGGAGGACUCGAUCCUAUAAUUCAAUCUCUUCGAGAAUCCGUGAUAUAUCCGCUAUCCUAUCCUCAACUUUUCAAGUCACAAUCAGGACUGCUUGGUGUCCCCAAGGGAGUUUUACUUUAUGGGGCCCCGGGUUGUGGGAAAACAAUGCUGGCAAAAGCACUUGCUCGUGAAUCAGGUGCCACUUUCAUAAAUCUUCAUGUCUCCACCCUAACCGACAAAUGGUUCGGCGAAUCAAAUAAACUCGUGUCCGCGGUGUUCUCAGUUGCAAAGAAAUUGCAACCGUGCAUUAUUUUUAUCGAUGAGAUUGACGCUUUUCUUCGUGAAAGAAGAAGUAGUGAUCAUGAGGUUACUGGGAUGAUGAAAGCUGAAUUUAUGAGUUUAUGGGAUGGAUUAACUACUGACGAAGACACCCGCAUUAUUAUUCUGGGUGCUACGAAUAGACCUAAUGAUAUUGAUUUUGCAAUCCUUCGUAGAAUGCCAAAACGAUUUGCUAUCCGGCUUCCAAACGAGGAACAACGAAAAAAUAUCUUGGAAAUAAUGUUGUCAGAUCAAAAUUUAGAGCCUGAUUUUGACAUCGACCAAUUAGUCGCUAGAACAGCCUCAUACUCCGGAAGCGACUUGAAAGAAGCUUGCCGGAAUGCUGCUAUGAUUCCGAUACGAGAAUAUAUGCGAAAUCACUCUACGCCAGAAGGAGAAUUGACUGACAUAGAUCCAAAGGAUAUGAAUAUCCGACCAUUGCAAUUUUCGGAUUUCUUUGUCCCGGAUGGUACUACAAAUCCUAAUGAUUCUGUUUCUAAUUCGUCAGGAUCAAGUAAAAAUAGUGAGAUGUUGGAACAAGAAAAACUUGAUUGA